ACGUCUGUUUAGUAUAUCAGUUUUAUCAUAGUAGUGUAUUAAGUCUCUUAAAAAAAAUUAUAAAGUAAAUAAAAAUUUAAGCACACCCAAAAAAUUACACAAUAUCCCGGAGUGCAACAGAACCCUCUCUCAGCUGAACAAAAUUCUCGAUUGACAGCAAUUAAACUCUAGUUAACGAUGGUUAAUGUUAAGGUAGGAAGGCCAAGGGCCAAGUCUAUGAUUUUGUUAUCUGCGCCAGAGCCCGAUCCCGCGGACGCUGCGGCCCCGCCAGCCGAGCGGCCAAGGCAAACGAUGGCCCAGCCACCGCCAACAUUUAUCUUUGACGUUGUGGUGACCAAUCUGGAGGCAAAGGGCGUUGAGAUCAGCGAUCCUAAGCGACUGGCCAUCGAUGUGAACUUCAAUCGCAUGCCCUUGACGCUCACCUCGAGCCGCAUCAAUGUCAACGAGUUCAAGCCGGGCAGCGGGUUGGAGUUUCAGACAACGCCCAAGAACCUGCGAAAGACAAUCGAGGAGUGCGGCAUGACGUUCGUGGUGAAGUACAUGGAUCGCCCAGUGGGCAAUGGGCAGAUAUCCUUUCCAGCCAUGGUCACGGAGCGCAUUGACACUGAGAUGAGUGACAUCAUCCAUGUGGACACGUGUUUGCUGGGCAAGGCAGGGGAGCCGGCCGGGCAGCUGGAGAUGCUCUGUCGCCUGGUCAUCCGCUGCGAUGACCAACCAAAGGUGGGAGAGAGCGAGUGCAAGCGGAACAUGGACAAGAGCAUAAAUCCGCAGGACAUCAUGUUCGUGAUGGGCGAGUCGCAGCACUGUCCCAGUCCCAGUCCCUGCGAUCCCUGUCUGGAUGCCCUCGAUUCAGAGCCGGGUGAUGAGCGCCUGCGCCUGGAUCUGCAGCGAUAUCGCAGCCAAAAUGCCGGCACCUUCGAUCCCAACAAAAUGAUGACGGACAGGCCAUCGGGGAUUCCGGCAUGCUGUGAACUAAAGAAAAUGGCCGUGGAGUAUGAGCAGCUGAUUGACUCCAUAACCAGAGCCACGGGCAGCGCACCGCCUCCCAAGCCGCCGUGUCGCAAUCCUGAGGAGUUCGAUAUGAGUCCAUGCCGAGACACUCACAUGCCCGUGGACAUGAAGAUGCCGGGAGAGCCCCAUUUGCCCUGCUUUACGUAUUUGCCCAACCGGCAGAAUCGUAUCCCAAUGCCCAUUGCAGACUGCGACGGCAAGAAGCCGGAGAUCAAGCCCAUCCGUUUCUGUCCCGUGUGCCUGACCAACAUGUCGUGGAUGCCAAAGUUCGCUUCCUGCCCCAAGUGUGGCAUCAAGCCGAUACCCGUAAUCGAGGAACGGCACAAGGAGAAGAAGCUGACGGCAGAUCAGAUUCUGCUGGAGUUCCUGGGCAAACCGCCGCCAACCAUCGACGAUUACUGCGUGGAUCCGUGCGACAAGGCGGUCAAGGAUAAGGAGGCCGGAGGCACCGACGAGUGUCCACCCUGUCGCUGCACCUGCAAGUUCGGGAAGCUCUGCGCCCACUGUCGCAUCAGGAAACUGUGCGCCGACAUCUUCAAGUCAGACAAGGUGCAGGCCAAGUGCCCCAAGGUGGAGCCGCAGCCAACCGAAGACUUUUGCGUGGUGAACAAGUCCAGCAGCGAGGACUGUCGACCGUAUCUGGCCAAGGUAUUCUCCGAGCUGCGCGACCUCUACGACAUCAAAGACACCAAAAAGAUGUCCGAGUUCGAUGAGAACUGCGAGCUGAAGAAGAACAAGGAAGAGGAGCCCAAAACGCCGGACAAAGACGAUCGCAAGAACGUCCCCAAGGAGAAGAUGCAGGCCCCGCGGAAGCCUCUGCACGUCCCAAGCUGUGCCAAGCAACCCACCAACAGCCGCACCGUGACCGGACGCCACAAGCAUUGCGUUCGCCAGCCGGGAGGCGUCUCCAGGAACCACGGUUGGGCCUGGAGCAGCAGCUACGAGGCGCGCAAGAUGGGCUGGCGACCCGGCGCCAUACGUCGGCCCAUCAAGAAGCUGAUGAAGUUCUUUCUGCUGGACUCCACCCGAGAGUCGGCCUUCCAGAAGUGCAAGACAGCCGAGGCCGAGGAGCUGGCCAAGGAGCUGCAGCAGCCGGUGCUGAAUGUGUGCAAGAAGAACGGCGAGAUCUUUGUCACUCUGCGACCGUUGAGUACGCUCGGGAUGCGCCAGAAACCCAUCACCUUUCGGGUGGUCAAGAGCGAGCUGGCGGUGGCGCUGCGCCAGCUCAAGCGGAUCCUCAAAGAGAAGGGCUUCAGGAAGUGCACCUGCCGCCAGACGCUGAUGAUGUGCACCUGCCGCAACACCAUGGAGAAGCAGCAGCUGUUCCGCGCCCUGAACAAGGAGUGCCAGCGCCACUGCAUAGCCCCCUGUGCCGAUCAGCUGAUCCUCACGGACACCAGCGAGAGCGACUUGGAGUUUAACUUCGAUGUGACGCCCCCAGCGGGCACCGAGCAGCCGUACCGUCGGCCCAAGACUCGCACCGGUAACCGAGGCACUCAGACUAGCAAAAAGGACAAAGUGCCGCCGCCGCCCAAGUAUCCUGCGAAGCAGAAUCCCUACUGGAGAGCGUACAACUGUGCCGCUGGCGAUCGGUAUGUGGCCACGGCCUUUGGCUCGCCCGGCGAGAAUGUCUUCGAGGAUGGACUCUUUGGCUGGGGUGGCGGUGGACCACACGGUGCGUCCGCCCAGCCUGGGGGCAGGCCGAAGCCGCCAGGCAUCUGGGGAUCCGCUCAGGGUGGCCCGAUGCCGGCGGGGCCAGGAGGAGCCAGUCGAGGAGGUCGUGGAGGUGCCGCUGGCGGUGGUGGGGGUGGAGCAGGAGGUGGUGGCGGUGGUGCAACCGGAUGGAAGGGAUUCCCAAAGGGUGUGGCUGCCAAGGUGGCCGCCGCUGCUGCAGGCGGAGGUCUCAAGGGGACACUAGCCUCAGUCGCGCGUGGAGGCGGAGCAGGCGGGGCAGGAGGAGGCGGAGGUGGUGGUCCCAUUCCUGUGAGAAUGCCACAGCGCUAUAUAAAAGCACAGCAGCAGGCGGCCAAUGCUGAAAAGGAGAUGAAGCAGAAGGAAGUCGAGAAAAAGAAGAAGGGCGUGGACAUGAUGAAGUACCUCCAAAAGACGGGCGCACUCUCCAAGCCCUGGAACCCAGCCGAUGGCAAGGGCCCGAAGGGCAAGCAGAGCGGUCCAGUCCUCGGCCCCGAUGGCCUAACCGACGCCCAGCGCAAGCGACGCGCCCUGCUCGAGAUGCCGCCGCCGCCACUCGAUUCGAUAACACGUCGGGGCAAGCCCUUCGAUCCCUGUGCCGCCUACUACUGUGGCUACUACUGCUAAGUGUGAGUCCACUCCCUGCCUUCCUCUCUCUUUUGCAACAUUGGGCAGCAUUUCCAUUUGGUGUGAAAUUUUAUUUGACACUUUUUCCACGCCUUCAUGAAAAAUUCAGCAAGUGUGUGCUUGGCGUUUUGUUGUCGCUCUGAUCAACCCAAGACGAUUCGCUUCCAAUUGACAUCACGUCUUCAGCAAACGUGUACAGUGGCAGCCACCAUCCACCUCCCCUCACUAAUGCUGCGAAAAUCCAAUGGCAUUAACAAAUGUUAUGUUAUGUA